AUGCCUAAUAUUACAUGGUCUCUUUCAGACGACGGUCACUCCUUUUCGUCAGAUGGCGUUAGUGGGACAGCUCAAAAAUCUUUCUUCCAUGAUGUAGGGUGUUGCAAUUUAUCACAAUAUAACUCACAUUUAAAUUAUAAUAACGUGAUACUAGACUUAGUUUUUUCAAACAACGAGGUUCUGGUGUUGGCAAGUAGUGACCCCCUGGUUCCAGAGGAUCCUAACCACAGAGCCCUCUGUAUAUCAGCGGAUUUCGUUCAGCUUCAUGCACUGUCUUCCUCACCGUAUAUAAAGUUUGUAUACAACUGCGGUGACUUCACUGCAAUUUCAAACGAAUUAGACAAUAUAGACUGGGCUAAGGAAUUCAGCAUUAGAUCAUUACAGGACGCGAAAUAUAAUAAUCUCUGUGACUACGAGUCCUUCAUUCUAUUACGAGAAAGAGCUAAAGCCCUGGAGAGGGAAAUGUUCACGGACUAUAUUGCGAGAAUCGAGGAGAGCAUCGUCAAAAAUCCCAAAGCAUUCUGGUCCUAUGUUAAAAGUAAAAAGCAAUCGAACUGCUAUCCUGCAGUUUUCACCUAUGGGCAGCACUCUUCGGGUAACGGUGACGAGAUAUGUAACUACUUUUGCGAUUACUUCAAUUCUUUUUGCACAAUACUAGCAGCACCUCUAACAGCCCAAGUGCGGACCCCAGGGUAG